AUGCCACUGAAGACGCUCGACUCUAGUAGCCAGCACCAGCUCUUUGACGAUGUCCUGGAAUUGACCUCCGCGAAGACGGCUGAUCACGACCUUCAAUAUCUGACCGCCCUUCGCGCAGCACACCCAGACCUGAUUGUGACAACCAUUCCACAAAACAAUGUCCCUUUGCUUGCGUUUGCCGGAUCAGGCCAUGCUACGUACGAGCUCGACAAGGAAACCGACUCCUAUGCAGCUUGGAGAGGAUAUGUAGGGCCAUCAGCUGCCACUCGCACCGGUGCUGUUGCUGAGGCGGUGCACUUCGCCAAAUAUCACUACAAAUGGAACAACGAAGACUUCAUGCUGUACUACGUCAACGGCCUGCAGUACGUGCUCAAGGAGAGGAAAGGCUCGGAGCAUCCAUUUGGGCCAUCGAGAAUUACCGAUGAACUGAUCAAAGCUGUAAGUGUCUGGCUCUUGGACGGCGUUGUCUGGGUCUACGACAAUUAUUGGUUUCAAGAUAAGAAGCUUUUCCAGGAAGUUAAGAAGUCGAGUUGGGACAAGGUCAUCUUGGACGAAGGCAUGAAGAAGGAGAUCAGUCAGACAGCUGAAAAGUUCUUUGACUCCAAGGACGUAUACGAUGAUCUUGGAGUGCCUUGGAAACGAGGCCUUCUCUUCCAUGGACCACCAGGAAAUGGCAAGACGAUAUCCAUUAAGGCCUUGAUGCGAACUUUGCUUCUAGAUCGGAAGCAUCCAAUUCCAACGCUCUACGUGAGGUCGGCCAAGUAUACUUACAAUAUCAAUGAUGUCUUCCGGCAGGCGCGAAACUUGGCGCCUUGCAUGCUGAUUCUGGAGGACAUUGAGACGAUCGUAACGCCACAGACGAGAAGCUACUUCUUCAACCAGAUGGAUGGGCUUGAAGACAACAGCGGGCUUUUUGUGGUCGGGUCCACCAAUUAUCUGGACAGACUUGAUCCUGGCUUGACCUCCAGACCAAGCAGAUUCGACCGGAAGUACUUGUUCCCCCUGCCGAACGAACACGAACGCACGCUUUAUUGUCAAUAUUGGCAGCGGAAGAUCGCCCACAAGCCGGAUAUAAAAUUUCCGGAUCGGCUUUGCCCGGCAAUGGCAUCCAUCACGGAUGGCUUCUCCUUCGCCUUUCUGCAGGAAGCUUUCGUGGCCAGUCUGCUGUACAUCGCUCAUGAGGCGGGUAAGACCGCUAAAUACGACGAUGAUCUGGAGAAAUACCAGCUUUGGAGAGUUUUCAAGAAGCAGGUCGACACUCUUCGAAAGGAGAUCCGAGAGGAGAGCACCUCGUUACCAGAGUCCGAAACAAUGGACAAUGGGCCUGUUAGUAACGACCAGGUAUUCCAGAGCCUCGAGGAUACGGUCGAUGGAGGCAGAGGCCAGCAGAUGCGACAUGGUAUGGUGAUUACUGGCAAGAAUGAGCGUGCCAUAUCUCAUGCCUUUGGGCAGCUGGACUUACGCAGUAGUGAUGAAGAGGUCGUGACUUUGCCAUACUCCAAAGGCCAUUUCAUCAACUCUGCGGCGUUCUCAGAUGGCUUGAACAGCAUUGUAUAG